AAUGGGGUCAUUGAUAGGUCAUGUUAUACUAGGGUUUGGUUUUUUUCUUAUUGGUAUUUGGCAUUUGCUCAACCACAUAAAAUUACUACAUGCUUUCUACCCAAAAUCCUACACUUACUUACCAUGGUUCCCAGCUCCAAAAAUCAGGUACGCGGAGCUUUUUGUGAUUAUGUUUGGCACCUUAGUCUCCAUAUCAAUGGAACUCUUCAUUGGUCCAUCAAAACACCAACAUUUUGACUCUGAUGGAACCAUACCUUCAUAUCAUCUCCAUAACUUUGAACAUGCAAAUAUCUCCCUUACUUUCUUUGUCUAUGCAUCCUUUUCGAUAUUAUUCGACAAAAUCAUCCCUUCAACCUCAGCUCAAAAUGGACUUACAUUAUUUCUUGGAGCUGUUGCUUUUGGUCAAGAAUUCCUUCUUUUCCUUCUUCAUUCUACUGACCAUAUGGGUGUUGAAGGACAAUACCAUUGGCUUCUCCAAGUUGUCAUCUUUUUGUCUUUCGUCACUACUCUUUUGGGAAUUCCUUUCCCUAAAAGUUUCUUGAAUAGUUUUGUGAGAUCUUAUAGCAUUAUGUUUCAAAGAAUUUGGAUGAUGGUCAUAGGUAUCAUGCUUUGGACUCCAGAAUUCAUCUCAAAAGGUUGCUUUAUCAACUUUGAAGAAGGGCAUAAAGUGGUUAGAUGUCAUAACAAGGAAGCACUUGAAAGAGCAAAGUCAUUAUUAAAUAUCCAAUUUAGUUGGUAUUUGGUUGGAAUUACUGCUUUUACACUCUCAGUUUAUUUGAUUCUUGUCAAGUUUUUUAGAGAAAAUAUUGAGUACUUGUCUUUAAUAAGCAAAUUUGAGAAGGAAGAUUUAUUUGAGGAUGUUGAAGCUCAGAAGAAAAGCCUUGUCAACCAUAUUGGUGAGCAAAAGAGGUUUGUUGAAAAGGGAAAAAAGAGAAUAAUUAGAAAUGGAAUGUCUGUCUUAUUUUGUGUGUCUAAAUUCUCGAAAUUGUGCGAGUCGCAAUUGCCUAAGUUUCGUGAACUUGUUGUUGGAAAGAGAGUCAUCACCGGGUUAGGUGCAAGGGUCUAG